AUGAUAAAUGAGUUAAAAGAAUGGGGAAUGAACUUUACAGCCCGUUUGGAUCAAGGAUUUUUACAUUCCCAUCAGGAAUGUUAUUCCCAAGUGUGUGUUAGGUAUUAUUUUAUUCCCGUGCUAAGGGCUAAAAUACCUUCUUUUCCCGUGAGCUUGCCUGUGCACGAUAUCUUCUUUACCCCUGCGCUUGCCUCUGCCAAAAAUUCUUCUCUUGGUUACCAGCUGGUGUCACCAAUAUUAGGCCUCCUCGCUUAUAAAAUCGAUUUCAGCAACGUUACAAAGGCAUCCAACAUCACAGGAUUCUUGCCAUUGUGUGCUAGUUUUGAAGGAAAUGGAAAAGUAACAUUGAAGAACCAAGUAUCACCCAACGUUUGUGUGGCAAGCAGGCAUGGCCAGUUUGGUUUGGUGGUGAAGUCGCCGCAGUCGUUGGCUGUGAGGAAGAAGAUGCAAUGGAAACUGGUGGUGGGAUGCUCGGUGGGAGCUGUUUUGGGGACUUUCCUUUUGGGGUUGCUUUUAGUGGCGAUGUUUGUUAAAGUUAAGAAGAAAGCAAGACUGGAGGAGUUGGCGAGGAGAGCAUAUGAAGAGGAGGCUCUUCAGGUUUCCAUGGUUGGACAUAUAAGGGCUCGAACAUCGCCUGCAACUUAACAUCAUCUUUUAAAUGGUAGCUAUGGAUUCUUUUU